AUGUUCGAUACUUUUGCAAGACUCUUAUCCUCGAUUCCUACAUUUCUCUUCCCAGUCUUCGCCUCCUACAAAGCUCUCAAAACCUCAGACCCGGCACUUCUCGCGCCAUGGUUGAUGUAUUGGGUGGUGUUAGCUGUCGCUCUCACCGUUGAAGCUUGGGCAGGAUUCAUUCUUUUCUGGAUUCCAUUCUACUCUUGGUUCCGCCUAGGCUUCCUCCUUUACCUUAUCCUACCCCAGACACAAGGCGCCCGGGUUCUCUACCAAGAACAUGUACAUCCCUUCCUCCGAGAGAAUGAAGCUGCCAUUGAGGAGUUUAUCUCCUCCGCGCACGAUCGCGCUAAGGCAGCAGGUGUUGGAUAUAUUAAACAAGUAGUCGAAUACAUCAAGCAACAGCUUCUCGGUCUCCCUCCCAAAGAAUCUACCCCACCAGCGACUCCCAGCCCAUACUAUAGCUAUGCUUCAAGCCUCAUUGCGCGAUUUAAUCUGCCUUCCGAACGGCCAUCAGCUCCUCCUAAUGGGUCUACAAGCACUGCCAACGACUUCUAUGGCCUCCUAGCAGCAGCCGUCAAUGCGGCUACCUCGAACACGGGAUUUGGCAGCUCCAGCACACGCGAUCUUUCCAAUUCCGGCACUCUCAUUCCACCAUCUGUAAAAGGCGACGAAGAGCGGAUGACGUUCAUUGCAGCACAACGCGAGCGACUCUCUACAUUGAUCACAGCGCUUGACAAGGAAGCCACCAAUCUUCAAGGAAAUCCGGUACGAGCCCGGAAUGUACCCAGUAUGUUCUUCGACGGUAGCAGCGAGGAUGAUCCCAACGACAGACCUAAGAGUGGUCUCAGCAGCCGCAAGAGUGAAGGUGAUUUCGAAAAGAUUGACGCGGAAAGCGGCACCGAAGACGCAGAUAACAAGAAACGUAGACAAACGAGCAGACAGACUAGUGGAGGCAGCUGGAUGCCAUGGAGCUGGGGAGCGCAACCGGCACCUACUUCUACAUCUGGAGAGGAUACACCGAUGAGAGAACCUUCUCAAGAACCAAGCUCUGGGAAGAGCUCUGGUCUUGAGUACUAA